AUGAUUGAGCUUGGCCUCAGCAGGAUAUCCCGUCUCGUUCAACAGACCCCGUUGUCCUGGAAGGCUAUCCACAUCGCCGGCACCAAUGGCAAAGGCUCGAUCAGCGCCUACCUGUCGCAUCUCCUGGCCUCCGCAGGGGUUCGCUGCGGCCGUUUCACCUCGCCACACUUAAUUGAUCGCUGGGAUUGCAUUACAAUCGAUGAACGGGUUGUCCAGGAGUCGCUCUUCCGACAGAUCGAGGCCAGGGUAAAGCUGCGGGAUCAAACACUAGGCAUCGGGGCAAGCGAGUUCGAAUUGUUGGCGGCAACAGCAUUUGAGAUUUUCAAUCAUGAGCAAGUCGAGAUUGGAGUUAUUGAAGUGGGGAUGGGCGGUCGCCUAGAUGCCACAAACAUACUAAACAAUGUUUUGGUCUCGGUCAUCGCAAAGAUUGGUCUGGACCAUCAGGCUUUCUUGGGAAACACAAUCGAAGAAAUCGCUCGGGAAAAGGCUGGAAUAUUGAAACCUGGUGUCAAAUGUGUGGUCGACGGGACAAACUGUUCGGAGGCGAUAGUAGCCAUCAAGGACCGCAUCGCCGAACUUGGUUUGGAAGCUACCAUUGUUCAUCCGGAUACUCCAGACCCUCAGUUGCCCUCGCUUCUUGACCUAUUUCGGCGGAACGAUUUACUGACUCAUCAGCGAGCAAAUAUGUCCUGUGCUGCAGCUGCUGUAAAAUCAGUCCUGCCACAAGUCCGGCCAGCACUCGAGCCCGAUAGCUUAAUCCCACAACUGGCUUCUGUGGAAUGGCCAGGUCGUCUGCAAAAACUUGCGCUGCAACCUCUUACGGGCCGCAUAGAGCCUGUCUUGUUGGAUGGUGCGCACAAUACUCAGUCAGCUGAAGUUCUCGGAGAAUACGUUGAACGCAAAUUGCGUUUGAAGGGAGAGAAUGUCACCUGGGUCAUCGCAGCAUCACAUGGAAAAGAUAUUCGCCCGUUAUUCCAUUCUAUCAUCAAGCCCGGCGAUAGUGUGGCGGCAACAAGCUUUGGCCCUGUUGAUGGAAUGCCAUGGGUCAAAGCUGCUGAUCCCAAUGAGUUGUGUGCUUGUGUACAGGAUAUACCGAGUAUCGGGGAGGUACAGUCAUUCGGCAAGGACAUCCCAGGCGCACUUGACUGGGCAUGUACUAAGGCAGACGGUGGGCCCCUGGUUAUAGCAGGGAGCCUUUACCUCGUGUCCGAUGUUCUGCGUCUUGUUAGAGAAGCUAACGACUCAUGA